AUGUCUUGCCAUAGUCCAAAGCCUAACAAGUUUCUCAAGCACUUAGGCAAUGAGACUAUGAGUGUCAACGUUGGCAUUGGUAACUCGCGUCAAACCUUCACUGUUCACAAGACUAUACUUCAGCAAUGUACCACUUACUUUGAGUCCAACAAACUAUUCGACACCAUGGCUGGACAACAAGGAUUGAUCUUCCUCAAUGAUGAGAAUCCCAAGGUCUUCAAACUUUUUGUUGAUUGGGCUUACAACGGCACCGUUCAAAAGCCUCGAACCAAGAUAUACGUCAAAAGCCAACCAUCUCUGGUAGAAAUUGGUCGUCUUGAGUCAGAGCUCCUCGAAGAGUUCAAUGGAAGCCUUAAAACUCUGGUCAGUCUAUACUCACUUGCCGAAAGAUGGGAAAUUCAUAAUUUGAUGAAUCGAACCAUCGACGCCAUUCAAGAUGGUUAUCUUGAGUUUGGAACUGUCUUCGGACCCGGUCUUGCAGCCCAAAUUUGGCAAGAGACGAAGUCGGAUUCCACCCUGCGAGAAUUUUGUAUUGCAAGUACGGUCAUGCAUAUGGAUCGUGGUUGCACUAAGCUUCGGCAAGAAGUGAUGACGAACUGCAUUGUCCUUCCUGGAUACUUCCAAGGAAUGCUUAGAUGGGUUUCCAGAAACUUCCAUCUGAUGGGUCGACGUUCAAAGGAAGUUGCGGAACCAUGGAACUCAAACGAGAGUUUUAGUAUGCUUCAUAGAUCUAAGCUCUGCCCCUGUCACUUUCACGUACACCCUACUGGUCAGGCACACAAAGGACACAAAUCAUGUGCGAUUCCGUUCAUGGAUUGCUCUCACCCAGGAGAUGAGGAAAAGAUGGAAGAACUUGAUGUCUUUAAUCUGGUUAUGGGAUCUGCGAUGAUGGAAUGCAACCUGUGCGAUCCAGAGUAG